AUGGACGAAGUCGUAUAUGCAAUUCAUCCAUUUGAAGCGGAGAGUGAAGAUGAGGUUUCAUUUGAAUUCGGUCAACCGAUAAUCGUUUUAGAAAAAGAUGAAUUAUAUGGUGAUGGUUGGUGGAAGGGAAAAAAUAUUCACGGAAGAAUUGGACUUUUUCCAAUGAAUCAUACUAGUUAUAGUAAACCUGUUCCAAGGAAACCAGAGACUACUACUAAUAGUUUUUAUAAUCAAAUGGUUGCUACUCCUAAUGAGACGUCGAAUUCAAAUAAUUUGGAAUUGAAUAUUCCUUCACCCCUUUUUAGAAUGCCAACUCCUUCUAUCGAAGAGACUAUUGAUGAUAUACAAAAUAAAUUACGAAAAAUGAGUGUAAAACCAAAUGAAAAACAAUUAAAUCAAGAUCUUCCUGAAUCACAACAAUAUCAAUGGUCUCCAAAACAAAGUCGUCGUAGUAAAUUAUUUUUAUCUUCUUCAUCUUCAAGAUCUGUUAGUAGCGUUAGUUCUUCGUCUCAUAGGCAAUCUACCGAAAGUACAAAACUACCUCCUCUGAGACAACCCAUUCAAACAAAGGAUCAUCCAACAACUUGGGAUGUAAGACAAGUUUGUCGGUGGUUAGAUGAAGUUGGUUUUGGUUCUGAAAUAAAUAAUUUUAUCGAUAAUGAUAUAACUGGUGAUGUUCUUCUCGAGCUUCAUUUAUCCACGUUAAAGGAAUUAAAUGUAGUUUCCUUCGGAAAGCGUGUGCAUAUAAUGAAUGCUAUAAAUGCGCUUAAAGCAAAAUAUUCUAUUGGUGUUGGUCCUGAUGAUGACAUAUCUGAUAUAGAAGAGCAAUCCGAUUCUGUUCAACUUUAUGCACCAACUCCAGUUUAUCAUUUUCAAUCCAAAUAUAACAGUAGUAGUAGCCCUACAUUAGGUAGAUUUACUGCUAAUCAAGAAUUUAGGAAAUUUCCCGGCCUUCCAGAAUCGCCCAGAAACUCUGCUGGCAAUCAUCAUGUUCAUCCUAAUCUUUACGCUCAAUUAAAACGUAUUGAUGACGUAAAUGUUACAAAUAGUGAAAAUAAUGAAAAAAAAAGUCAAGAGGAGGAUAAUUUAAUUAGGAGCCAAUUUGUUAAUGGUAAUAUUCGAUCAAAUUCUCCAAGUCUUGAAAAAAGUAAGGGACGGUUGUUUAACAGAAUGAAAUAUUCGGAAAGAAAUAGUAUGGUCGAAAGUCCAGUGGUUCCGAAACAGUCUUUAGAUAUGGAUUUAGAAGUUUUAAAAUCCAUGGGUGAACCUGAUUACGAAGGAUGGCUUAGAAAACAAGGUGAUAAAUAUAAAACUUGGAAAUCCCGUUAUUUCAUAUUGAAAGGCGUAGAUCUCUAUUAUCUUAAGAACAAUAAGCAUAUCCAACGUCCUAAAUUAAAAGGCCACAUUGACUUAACGGGAUAUCGUAUCCUUACUGAUGAAAAUAUAUUACCUGGAAAAUAUGGAUUCAAGAUAGUUCAUGAUGUGCUUCGAACUCAUUUUUUUGCACAUGAAGACAUUGACGUAAUGAGAGGAUGGAUAAAAGCAAUGAUGAAAGCUACGAUAUCUCGGGAUCAUAAUGCUCCAGUAAUCAGUUCAAGUAAUAUUAACACGGUUCCAUUAGCCGAUGCUCGUAAAAUGUCACCACGACCACCGCAACCUCGACGUCCAUCAUUCUCUGCUACUGCAGUAAUAUCGAAAAUAGAUUCACCAGUACUUCGCGUCCCUUCACCAACGUAUAUUAAAGAAAAACCGAAUAACUACAUAACGACGAUGGGGUCAUCAUCAUCAGCUUACGUUCAGAAUACACCUAUGUAUCCAAAAUAG